AUGGGCGCGGAGGAGGCAGGCAGCGAUACGAGUGCCGCACCCGCAUUCGCAUCCUCAAGUUCGGUACCGGGUGCUAGUCAGUUCAAAAUGACGGCAGGCACGCCAACGGAGCAUGCAGUCAUUUCCGUCUUUGAUCUAUUUUCCAUCGGUAUCGGGCCAUCCUCCUCUCACACGCUAGGCCCUAUGCGAGCAGGAGCCAUCUUUGCUACCGAACUGCAAAGUGCCGGGCUGCUCGAGCGCGUUCACAGGCUUCAAAUACACCUGUAUGGAAGUUUGGCAGCGACUGGCGAAGGGCAUUAUACGCCCAGAGCUUUGCUGCUCGGCAUCGAAGGUGUCGAUGCAGAGACUGUGGACACUGCCUGGGCACCCAAAAGGUAUCAAGAGAUUCUGGAUCACAAGCAAUUAUGCAUCGGACAGCAUCUGGCAAGCUCAAAGCAGCGAGCAGCAGCAGCAGCAGCAGCAGCAGCAGCGAAGAUGACGGAUGAAGCGCGCUCUGAUCCUGCUGGUCAGACCAUCGCUUUCGACUACAAGACCGAUCUCAAGUGGAUGUGGGGCGAAGUUUUGCCCAUGCAUUCCAAUGGACUCAGAUUGACAGUGUUUGAUGAAGCUGGAGAUAUGCUCGCCACGAAUGAUUUCGCUUCUGUAGGAGGAGGCUUCGUCAUUAAUGGAGCGAUGAGCGUCGCCCCUUCUUCCAAGAGCGCAAAUGUGACAACAUCCGACGAAGCAUCAACAGGGAACGCUGCUCUGCAAAGUGCAGAUCCGCAGAAUUUCUCACCUGUACCGUCAGCUGCGCCCGCAUCGCACCCUGUCGAUCUUGCAGAAAAUCUGUUCUACAAGGGAAUUGACAGACGAAAAGCAGAAGCGGCACGAAGACUCGGCGCGGAAGCUCAUCGCGAGGGGUCCUCAGACUCGCAAGAAUCGUCGCUGAAGCUACCAACUUCGGCCGAGUCCGUAGCUCGAGUUGAAGAGGAGGACCGCAGCGUCAGCGAACCUCUUAAAGAUGCUGGGAGCAAGGCGAAUGGCACGCCGACGGUGCCCUACGUUUUCUGGGACGCUGCUAGCCUGCUCGCCCUGACACGAAAACACAACAUGACGAUUGCGCAGAUUGUAUGGGAGAAUGAAGUGUCUCUUGGAUACUCGCCGGAUCAGCUCCGAGAGAAGCUCUUGUGAGUUUCUUUCGCUUAAUCGGAAUGCCCCCCACGCUGCGAAUGUUAAAAUGAGCGCUUUGAUUGACUGACUAGAUCGACCAAUCGUUCCUGACUGGCUAACCGUCUGACUGACCCAAUCGACCCCCCCGCACUCCUGCACCUUUAGGCACAUUUGGGACACGAUGGACACUUGCAUCUACGAAGGCGUGCAUUCCAGCGAAGAGACUCUUCCCGGAGCUUUGAAGCUGCGCAGGCGAGCGCCCGCAUUGUACGCUCGAUUGACGCGGGGCUUUUUUUCGGGGUCGAACGGUGCUGUGGGGGCGUCGAAGCCAAAGGGCGUGGCCCUUCUGGACGAGAGAGUGUCAGUCAAAGGCGGAGGAGAAUCAGACGCUGCUCGGCCAAGCGAUCUUCCAGCUCUCUCAGAAUGGUCCGUCGUAGGCAGCGGCAGCGGCAGCGGCAAUCUGCGGCGCCGCGCACGCUCUUCCGGUCCACCUCGUGUGGUCGGUAGGAUGGAUCAUCCUCUCUUGCCAACACCGCCUCGACGACUCUCGCUACCGGGAACGGAUUUCUUGAGCUGUUAUGCGAUUGCAGUCAAUGAGGUCAACGCAUCUGGCGGUCGGGUGGUUGUGGCGCCCACCAUGGGAGCAGCAGGCGUCAUACCUGCCGUGCUCAAGUAUACGCUGGAAUUCUACUCUGAAGAUGAGGAGAGGGACGUGCUCACUUUUCUGCUCACUGCAGGAGCUAUCGGAAUGUUGUUCAAACGUGGCGCCACUAUAAGCGCUGCGGAGGGUGGAUGCAUGGCAGAGGUGGGAUCUAGUACCGCUAUGGCUGCUGCUGCUUUUGCUGCUUGUAUGGGUGGCAGUCCAGCGACCAUCGAGCAAGCGGCAGAGAUUGGUAUUGUGAGUGAUGGUCGAGGGAGCAGCAGGCAGCUACAAGCCCGACUCCCAGCACAACCUGGGCUCGCGAAGCGUAGAUGGGCUGAUCGUCAUGCAUCCUUUCUCGACAGGAACACUCUAUCGGCUUGUCGUGCGAUCCGCCGCUAGGUCUGGUUCAAGUACCCUGCAUCGAGCGCAACGCUUUGGGCGCUGCCAAGGCAGUGGUGAGCGCUCAGCUGGCUUUAUCAGAGACUAGCGAGAGUGGACAUGCGGUCAGCUUGGACGAAGCUUUGGCUGCUAUGAGAUCCACGGCGCAGGGUAUGAGGAGCGAAUUUAAGGAGACUUCUCUGGGCGGAUUGGCCACUGCUGUUCGUAUACCCGUAUCUGUACCUGCUUGUUGA